CAACUGCCAGCGGCAACCACGCAAUCCCGCGACGAGGCCGCUUCGAAGCCUUUUUACUAUCCCACCUGUCGCCCAGCACUGAAGUUGUUUCUCCAAAUAUUGGCACCGCGACUGUAAUAAGGACAAUUAGCAGAGGCCGUUUCUCGGACUGGUGCUAUUUCCGCAUCCCGCAGUCGCGCUCUGCACCAAAAAGGCACAGAAACUUUAAUUCAAACCAUAAGAUCGACGACACGACCCUGCGUCGUCCGUCUCCACUCACCAACUCAUCAAGUCGGUAUCACUCAAAUCCCGCAGUUGCCAGGCCCCCGUUUUAUAACUAGUUAGAGGAGUCGAGAAAUAUCCAUCAUGAACCCUUCUAGAUACAGUGAAAGCGAUGAGGUCGACCCAACCCAACCAUAUAACGCUGCUUUCGAAGCCUGGAAAGAUGCCGUCACGAGCCGCUACCAGAUGGACCACGGCUUUGCAAAUAGCUUCAUGGAUUUGCUCACCAACUACAAAAAGUUACAUGAUGAAUGCCAACGCGAAAAGCGCAACGCCUAUAUCUGGCAGAGAGAGCACGACUUAACUCAGAGAGAGCUGAAUGCCCUGAGAUCUGCCGCCGAAUCCUCUUCUUUUGCUUUUGUUCUUAUUGACGGUGAUGGCGCCGUCUUCCAUGAAGACCUUAUUGCUGCCGGCGAAAAGGGCGGCGGAGAUGCGGCCCACGAGCUGCAUAAAAGUCUUAAGCAGUUUUUCCACGAAAGCCCUGUUUUUCCAAACAUCGACACCAUUUUCGUCCACGUUAUACUAAGUGUCGAGGGUCUCUCCAAGGCUCUUUAUGCUGCCUCUCCAAACAAUGUUAUCGACUAUGCAACCUUGACCAAGUUUGGCCGUGGCUUCUGUCGCGCCCAGCCGCUUUUCUCCUUUACCGACGUCGGCUACGGCAAGGAACAGGCCGAUCACAAAGUGCGCAAGUUCUUUGAAAUCAUGGAGAGGAAUAUCCAGUGCAGAGCUCUUGUUCUGGCCGGCUGCCACGAUAAUGGUUAUGCCACCUUUUUGGAAUCCUUCCGGGGCAACCAAAAAAUCUGUCUGCUAGAGACCACUCCUGCUGCUGCCGAUUUCAGAAAGCUCGACUUCAAGAGACUUUCGUUUAAACACAUAUUUCGGUCCGAGCCGGUGCCAACCAGGCCCCUUCCGCCUCCGGGGUUCACAAUGCCGCAUUUUCCACAGCAUCUGCCUCAAGCGCCGCCCCAAACGGCUCCGGCGAGCGCUCCUCCAGCCGUCCGCAGCCCCCCGCCUGAUCUCGCUGGGUUUCCUAGCCCUUCUCCAGGCUCGUCGCCCAAGCUGACGCCGCCUGCGUCCGUUUCCACCAACAAAUCCGAGACCCAGGCAAACAGUUACGCGGCCGUUGGACGGUCAACUGCCCCUAUCACCAUCAACAUUGCCAGCCAGAAGAAGCCCGCCGCGCAGCGUCCUUUUUACCAGCUCAACAAGGACAACAUGCGUGUUGACGUGCCCUUACCCAAGGCGGAUCCCAACGCGGUCAGGGCUAUCGAGGAGCGCAGACAGGCUAACCGCACCAACCUUUGCAACCGCUACCAUCUAUCGAAUAGCUGCAAAAACGGGGCCAACUGCAAUUUCUACCACGGGGAGCGCCUUAAUGCGGCCGAGAUGCUUGCGCUGCGGCACAAGACGAGGAAUAUUGUCUGCAGCUCGGGCCAUAAAUGCGAAGACAUUGCCUGCAACCUGGGCCACCACUGCGUGAACCCGGGAUCGUGUUUCUUUGGCAACGACUGUCGGUUUUCGGAUAUGCAUGGGAUGGAUACGACACCUACGCUUAAAAUUUUCGAGGACGGCACCCGCGAAGUUGUCAAUUAAGCACGUCAUCUACAAAAAAAGAUCAUUAGUUAAACCGAUGUGUCUCACGGAAGACUCUUGCCCUUUUACUUGUGGCCGUCCUGACACUGAGGUGUCAGCACGGCAUCAUCUCCCUGUCUAGUGUGAACUAAAUAUUAUUAUUUCUGGCGAUUUUUCGUCUGGAAUGAAGGGAUGAAGAUAGGAAGCUAUUACUUAUGGUCUUUGUUCGUCUUGUCACCGGUUACCUUUUUUCAUGUGACUGUCAUAGGACACAUCUCAGCUCAUUACUUUCAGGGAACAGAUUGAUCAGCGAUGGGGUUUCAUGUAGUGUGCUUGAGCCUUUGUCAUGGCUGUCUAAUCGUUAAAUUACAACUUCUCUUCAUGAAAGCGAUCACCUAAACGAAAUAUAGUUGCUAUUUAACUCAA